AUGAAUAUGAAAAGAUAUUAAUUAUUGAAGAAAAAUGAUUUAUAUAUAUAAACAGAUGAUGAUAAUAUCUCUAUUACAGGAAUAGAACAAAUAAAUACAAUAUUGGAUAAAUAUACUGAGGGCGACUUGAAAUUUGGGGAUACAAAAAACAAAAAAAGGAAUCAAGAGAAAAAGAUCUCUUAUUAGGAAAAAUCUUAAAUUGUUGAAUAUGCAAUAGAAUUAAAGGAAGAUGGAUUGGUAAAUAAGAUUAGCAUUCAAUUAAGAGUUAUAUAAACAAUUGGAAAAAGGAUGAACUUAUGA